UAGCCAUCGGUGUGAAUUUGUAGCCAGAGUUCAAGCUUCAGCUCUCCAACGGUUAUUUGAAAUUCGACUAUGAACCUUUCCGGCUAUUCAUCCAACGCUACCCAACUGUCCCAACCUCCAAAGCCACUCUCUCCGCUCACACACCCAACUCCAACCCAAACUCACUUCCCUAACCCUAAUGGUAAACCAUCAAUCCAUAGAAAGAAACUCCUCCUUAGACGCAAUGAUCAAUCUCCUGUUGAUCCCACCGUGUCAUGGACUUCCUCAAUUGCCCGCCGAUGCCGAAACGGACAGCUUACUGAAGCUGCUUUGGAGUUCACUCGUAUGAGAAUCAAUAAUGUUAAGCCUAAUCAUGUCACAUUCGUAACCCUUCUCUCUGCUUGUGCUGAUUUUCCCUCGGAAACUCUGUGUUUCGGUUCAUCGAUCCAUGCCUAUGUAAGAAAACUGGGGUUGGAUAGGAACAAUGUUGUGUUGGCCACUGCUAUUGUUGAUUUGUACUCAAAAGGUGCUCGUAUGGAUCUUGCUCUCCAGAUGUUUGAUGAAAUGUAUGUGAGAAAUGCGGUGUCAUGGAACACCAUGAUUAAUGGGUACAUGAGGAAUGGGAUGGUUGAAGAUGCAAUCAAUUUGUUCAAUCAAAUGCCACAGAAGGACAAGAUUUCAUGGACUGCUUUGAUUGGUGGGUUUGUCAGGAAAGGUCUAUUUGAGGAAGCCUUGGAACAAUUUCGAGAAAUGCAGCUCGCUGGAAUAGAGCCUGACUAUGUGACCAUCCUAUGUGUCCUCUCUGCUUGUGCGAACUUGGGUUCAAUUGGUGUUGGCCUAUGGGUGCACCGUUAUGUUCUACAAAAGGACUUUGGUGAGAAUAUCCGGUUAAGUAACUCUUUAAUCGAUAUGUACUCUCGAUGUGGUUGUAUUGAAUUUGCCCGUCAAGAAUUUGAGAAGAUGCCCAUGCGGAGCUUGGUCUCUUGGAACUCGAUCAUUAUAGGCUUGGCUGUUAAUGGUCACUCAGAGGAUGUUCUUCAACACUUUGAAAUGAUGCAGCGAGAAGGGUUCAAGCCAGAUGGAGUGAGUUUCACUGGGGCACUUACUGCUUGUAGCCACGCUGGCUUAGUCGACGAGGGACUCCGGUUGUACGAUACCAUGAAGAAAAUUCACAGAAUCAUCCCCAGGAUUGAGCACUAUGGUUGCCUAGUGGAUCUUCUUAGUAGGGCCGGGAGAUUGGAAGAUGCAUUACACAUAAUAGAAAGCAUGCCCAUGAAGCCAAAUGAAGUUGUCUUGGGAUCAUUGCUGGCAGCAUGUAGGACUCAUGGGGAUGUGAAUUUGGCUGAGAGGUUGACUGAUUAUCUUGUUGAAUUGGAACCUGACUGUGAUUCCAAUUAUGUUCUCCUUUCAAACAUAUAUGCUGCAGUUGGAAGGUGGGAUGGUGUAGGCAAGGUUAGGAAUGCAAUGAAAGCUCUUGGAAUAAAGAAGAAACCUGGAUUCAGUGCCAUUGAGAUUGAAUGUCGAAUCCAUGAGUUUGUGGCUGGUGAUAAAUCCCAUACACAGUCAGACUCAAUUUAUGCAAUGCUCAAUCAGCUGUUUAUUGAACUGAAACUAUGUGGGUAUGUUCCUGAAACCAGCGUUGGUAGAUUAUCAGAAUAUGACUAACCAUCAAACUCAAAAAUGCUGAUAUGACUCAACUUGGAUUCCUAAUCCAUCAAAAUGUUCCACGCUAUAGCGGAGCCAGUGUUGCAUGGAAAUUCUUAUAUGGUGCAGCCGUUUAGCAUUUUCCAACUCUGUUUGGGUGUAUCAAUAUAUGAAGACAACUUAAAGGCUUGGUUUUGCAGUGUGGUACCAUUCACAGUUCAAACCGUUGUCAUUGUAAAGAAAAACUGAUGUUACUUAUUGACUUAAUCUUAGAAGGGAGAGCUAGAGCUGGCAUCUUCAGUGAUGGAAUAGGAGUUGAAUGGUAUUCCACUUUCCAUUGAAUCCGGAAAACUGACAAUGAUAAUGUAAAACUUUGCACUUUGAUGCUGGAAACUCUGUUACACUUUGUGAAAUCACUUGGCAUAUUAUUUACACAGUUCAAAAGG